UCAACACUAUUCUUUACAUCCAAACCGGCUUAUUGAUUACUUGUGAGAUAAGGUUAGAAAAAUAAAGUCUAUUAUUGAUCAAUUUGAUUAUAAGACUUAUAAGUAUUAAGAUCGUAAAAAUUGAUAAAAGUUUGAAAUUAUCAAAUUAAAAAGAUGAAAAAUCCAUGUUUUUGACUCUUUGUAGAUGAAAAUGGUUGAAGAUGGUGAAGUAUUAUUUACAAAUCUGGUCUACAGCUGAUUGUAUAACUAGGUUUCAUCACUUGAAGUGUUCAAAAAGGAUGAUGGUGCUUUCUUCAUAUUUAGAUAACUAAAUAACUGCUAAUCAUUUCACUUUACAUUCAAGCAGUCAUGAUUUAUUAUCAACAUUUUUGUUGACAGUUUCAAAGUUCAAUUUAUGUGAUCCAUCUCUAUCAUAGCGUUAUUUGCAAUAAUCUUCUCUAUUUUGUCAUACCGUUCCUUGGUUGGCUCAUCAUUACUUAUUUUGCUUGUUUGAUUUCACUAGAUUUCUUCACUCGUUUUUGGAAUAAAUGUGAUGACCGAAAAUUUUCACAAUCUGCUAACUUCCAAUAUACUGAAUAAUUAAGAGCAUGAAUGGUAAUAAAGACGCUCAGGGUCUUGGAAUCAAUGAUAAUAAUCGAGCUCAUCCUGAUGACGAAUAUGAAGAUGAUGGAUCAGGAAUAGAGGACGAUGCACCCGAAAGCUUCCAAGCCAUGGUGGUUACAGAGCCUCCUUGGGCAACAUUUCCUGAUUUAUUGAGAGUACCGACAAGCAUCAACAAUAAUAUAGCAGCUGAAGAUGAUUCACCCGAGAGUUUAUCAUUCGCUGCUACUCAGUCAUUCAGAUCAAAUGAAUCAAGCUCUGGUUAUAGAUCAACCGCUGCCAAUCCAUCAAACCAAGCAUCAUCUAGUAACACCAAUGCUCCAAUAAGAAGUUCAUCAUCGAGAAAUCGUCCCUCUUUUACCCAUCCAGAUGUAUCUCAAACUGAACAAUCUAAUGUACCCAGUGCCUCAUCUCAACCAGGAUCAUCUUCAACAACACCCGUGGAGCCCUCGGGGACAGCAUCUUCGUCGAGCUCUAGGUCAUUUUUACCUAAUAAUUCAAUGUUUAAUGCAUCAAGUCGAUAUCCCUCUAAUUCCAGUCAACCUGAUCAUACAAAUCGAAUUGUUCAUCAUCCACAUCGCAGUUCGAUUAAUAGUUUAAACCUCUCAUCUGCGUUAUGCUCUUCAUCUUAUUCUUUUCAUCCUCCUUCAUCAUCAGCCUCUCCAUCUUCUUCUUUAAACAUUUCCUUAGCUCCCAUAGCCAGUGCAUUAGCUCAGGUCCAAUCAUCCGUUGAUGCUUUAAGCAAACAGGUUAAUGAAAGAUUGGAUGCAUUGGAAGGUCGGAUAAAUAAUUUAGAUCUUACAUCUUCAUCUCUUAAUUAUUCAUCAUGCAUUUCAGCUGAUAAUAAUGCAGCAAAUUCUGAAACCAAAAGUUCCAGAGAAAUCCACCCAGAAUCUUUGAAAGUCUUCAUUAAAGAACAAAGAAAGGAAAUGCAUAAUGAACGUCGUGCAUUUUUAUUAUCAUUUGCUGAGGCUUUAAGAAAUGCAGCUGAAUCUGUAACUCGACCAGAACCAUCAACUUCUGGGCUCAAUGGACCUAAAUUUUGAUUGCAGCGCGCUAAAUUGAUUGUUCAAAACUUAAGUAGUCAAAAUAAUAAAAAUGAGUUCUACACAAAUCUA